CCGGGGGUGGCAGGGCCGAAGGCCGGGGCAGUUUGUCGGUCGGUUGCCCGUGGCUUCACCCGUUGGCCUGUGGCGGGCCCGGGGCCCCGAGCCCGAGCGGGGCGGGGAAGCGGCGGUUGCCGGGGCAGGCCGGGGCUCGGCCAGAGGCAGCCAGUCGCUCCGUGGGUCUCCGUGAGGAAAAAAGCAGCCAGGAAGGAGGAAGCCUGUGCUGGAAGCCUUGUGGAAGAUUGCCAUGGCAGCUCAGAUGACUGAUGCUCAUCGGCGGUUCUUGCAGGUCCUGAUGUCUCAUGGGAUAAUGGAAGGAUCAGAGACCAGAAAAUUACACAGGCAGUGCUGUGAAAUCGAUAAAGUCUACUACGCGCAUGAUAAACUGGAUGAUUUCAUCAGUACUAUUAACAGUCAGCUACAGCCUUUGUUUAUGCAGAUCCGGAAAGGAAUGUCGGAAGAUGAUGGGAGAGCACAUUAUGCUUUAGUGAAUUUGGCAGAAACUGAAAUAACUAAAAUGGCAUCUGACUAUACAGAAAAUGAAUUGGAAUUGUUCAGAAAAACAAUGGACCUAAUAAUUUCAUCAGAAAAUGGCUUUGCCUCUUCUACGGAUAUUUUAAACUUGGCUGACCAACUUAAAACUAAGAAAAUGAAGAAAAAGGAAGCAGAACAAGUGCUGAAAGUUUUUGUGGAGGAUAGGUGGCUCUCUGAGAGAAAUGGAGAAUAUACUCUGCAUACGCGCUGCAUAAUUGAGAUGGAACAGUACAUUCUCAGCAAUUACCCAGAUGUGGCAAGGAAGUGUAACAUCUGUCACAGCCUCGCCAUCCAGAGCCAAGUAUGUGAAUCCUGUGGAAUUGUAAUGCAUUUGCCUUGUGUCAGAAAGUACUUCAGAGCUCAGACUGAACCACGCUGUCCGCAGUGUAAUGACUUCUGGUCUUGUGACAUUCCAGGUAUGAGUCGGACAGACUCCCAGUCACCAUCAAAAACAGGGAGAACAGAGAAGAGCACCAGACGAUGCUAGGAAAACUUGCUUCCAGUGGUAUCUUUUCCCCACUCUUGCAGAAUAGCCAGACUGUAUUGUAUUCUUUAGUAACAGUGCUCUGUUCAGUGUACUUUUUUUCCUUAAGUUUAAGAAUCUUACAAUAAAACUAUCAAUGACUUU